AGAGAGUGGUUCUCGGGGUGAGGAGAGGAUGGAACAGCGAGGCUUCCCGCGUGCAGAGGAACUCCCGCCUCCUGCAGCCUGACAGACUGAGCGGCCGGGUGAUCAGCAGCGUGUUCAGAGGUUUAUUCUGCAGCUCGAGACGCCCGUUAGCGGAUCAGCAGCUCGAGCGCUGCUCUGCACAGCGGACUGGUGAAGGACUCGCUCGUGCAGAGUUUGAUGGAGAUCAGGUCGGAUGUCAGCUGGAACUGUGGUCAUUACUGGAGGAAUUCUGGCCACUGUGAUACUGCUGUGUAUCAUAGCAGUGCUGUGUUAUUGUCGGCUGCAGUAUUACUGCUGUAAGAGGAAUGGCUCUGACAGGGAUGUGGCUUUGGAAAAUGACCCCCAGCCUCAGUUUGCCUGUAACGCCUGCAGUGCUCCUGGAGUGGACGGGGCAGCAGUCACACCUUUGGUGCUACCGCAUGACCCCGCGGCAGUCCACGGGUACUGCCCCACCUGCACACCUUACCACCUACGGGACGGCAUGCGGAACGGUGGCGAGCGGCUUCUGGACUACAUGCCAGGUCACUAUGAAAACACACAUGCCACGGCGCUGGGCAUGGCCGCCCUGCUGAGCCACCCCAGCCCACCAGACUUUAUCACCAACACACAUGCCAUCAGCACUGACGUCUGACCCUCGCCCUACUGGUGACCCCACAACCAGGCGUCAGAGUGCAGACUGACCCGGGUAGCAGACUGACACCUGCCUACCGGACGUUACUAUUGCUGACCAAACUCUGCCCCUUUGGACGCUGACUCUGAUAACUAAAGGCCUCCUGCCUGACCGUCUCAGAUCUGUUUAAAAGUGUUUAAAAUUGUGACCAUUAAUCCUCAUCUGCUAAAGGACAGAAAUUACUUAAAAAUGAUUAUUCAAACUUCAGCUCUCUUCAUAUUAACACUGAAAAUCACGUCACUUUAAUGUUCAUUACUGUGAAAAUGUUUUGGUCUGGAAGAUCUGAUGUUCUCUAAUGUUGAGAUAAAGGGCACCAAGCCCAAACUCUGUCUAUACUGUCUAGAAAGUGCAAAAUAAUUUGAUAUCAAUGCAGACAGUAUAAAUCCUAGUAGUCACCAUCAUGCUUUAUUUUUUUUAGCUUUGACUUAAGCUUUCUCUUUUGGGCAGGGUUAAUGUACAGUACAUAUUGGGGGUGUACAUUGGAAGGAAAGACUGUUAUAUAAAAGUUUUGAGGUUUUGGGAUUGGCCCUUUUUUACAGCUCUGUUUGUGUUCUGUCCGGAAUGUUGCCAAGGGCUCUAAUGCCGGAGGUGUUUAUGGGCAUGUUCAGGCAUAGUCUGUACCCAGAACCGAUUCUGGGCUUGUUAGUGGGAGGGGGUUAUUAUGGCUUGUUUUCUUUUACACAAAAACUCCAUUCAAAUCGAUUAAGCAAUUAUAGGCAUCAAUUGUCUGUGUAGUGUGAGUGUAGUUUGGCUUUUUAUUGUGUUAUAUUGAUACUGCACUGCAGCAAUGAUAAGCAAUGCUCUUUGGGAUGUCUGGCACUUCACCGUACAGUAACUCCUUUAAACAAGCAGACUUUUGUCCAUGCGAGCCAGGCGUGAGUUCAUCAGCCUGCUGCCACUACCCGCACUUGUUCCACAAAACUGAGCUUAUUACAGUAAACUUACUCAUCAAAGUGUGGGUUUGAGGGUGGGUAAAAUGCUAAGUAGAAGCAUUUACAACCAAUCAACCCCACCCACAGUUCCAGGAGCAGAUAGCUAAUAGCUGAACCCUAUAGGCCACUGAUUUCAGUAGGACCAGAGAUCUGUGCUCUGGACCACGUUUGAUCACCAAAACAGCUUAAACACUUGAUCAAAUGUACCGAACUCAAAAAGCAAAUGCUCCUGGGUCAAUAAAAACGGCUAUGUUCUGUAUCUGCAUCUGUUUUAAUGUUGUCCACUGAAGACUAGAUGUAUAUAUUAAAUAACAUUAAGAAAAUGAGCAUCACAGUGUCUGGGACACUUUUUAUGUUUUACACUGUUGGAGCAAGGCUGGAGAGACUGCCCUCUGGAGGAUAAAAAGGGCUCAAUGUAUUUAUCUAUGGCUGUUAAAAUGUUUAAAAAUGUUUAAAAUAAUGAUUAUUUCUUACACUGAACAUUUGUCAAUGUUGAUUUCAGCAACUUACCCUAAACCCACUUCUAGUAGAUGAUCUGUUCUUCUUUUGCUCUUUGUGAUCUAUCUAAUUAAACCACAAAGCUAUGAAUGCAUGUAUUCACUGUUACAUUUGCAAAAUGUAAUUUAUGGUCUUAUUUCUUGUAAUUGUCUUCAUUUUUUUAUUUAGUAUAUAUUUGGUAUUUAUGGGUUUCUAAAAAGUUUACAUUUUGAUGUUUGUUUCACUUUUUCCUUUCAAAAAAGUAUUAGUUUAAAGUCUUGUUAUGAACUGCAACAUUGAAUUUGACUAAGUAGGUAAAAUGAUGAUGGUUUAUGAUCUACUGGGUUACAUUUUGUAUCUUACAUGUGGAAUCUUUCUGAAAGUGUAAAACUGAUGAAAAAAAGAGAAUCCUCCACUUACUUCACAAAUGUCUCUCUUUAAAAAAAAUGAAUAAAAUAUUUUUAAAUGUG